UGAAUUGUAUGACACUGCUAUAGAACCACAUCUGAUUGGGCCGACCCAAAGGCGGUGGUAACAAGCCUGAGGGGCUGUGUACCUGGGAAGUUGCCUCUUUCCGCAGAAACACUUGGAAGGUCCAUCCUCAGCCACAGAGGGUAGCCAGGAUCGCCCUGCCAGCCAGACGUCCCCAUCCGAACCGCUCCAGGCCCUGGCUCCAUUUGGUGAGGCUCCCCGACGCCCGCUGCCCCACGCUGUCAGGAUGGAGGGGGCUCUUCUUCGACCUUCUUUUCUUUUGCUUCUUCUGCUCCUACAGCCGGGAGAGUACUCCAGAGCAGCCGCAGACGAGACGGAGCUGACCGGGAUUCUGGGAGGGUCGGUCACUUUCCCCCUGAGGAUCUCAGCAGAACAGAAAUUUAAAAACGGGGCCUGGUCGGUAAACACAAGGAGUCUAGUCACCAUCACCGCAGGGAAACCUCCCCACGUCCUGGUGUUUAACCCAUCCUACGAGGGACGCCUGCGAUUCUCUGAUGAGAGCUACUCGCUUCAGAUCACCGACCUGAGGAUGGAGGACACGGGCAGCUACACCGUCGAAUUCAGCACAGACAAAGAGCAAUUCGCCUACAGAGAAUUCACGCUGCACGUGUCCAAGGGACAACUGCCACCCACCAUCACCUGUGACUCAGUGGCCUGUGAGGACGACGCCUGUAUCUACACCCUGCGCUGCGCCGUCAGGGAUGGAAGGGAGAACGUGACCUACAGCUGGAGUAAAGCCCCCAGCAGCGUUCUGUCCACGGACUCCAUCGUGCACAUCCCUCAGCGGCACCAGGCGGCUCGUGAGAACAUCACCUGCACGGCACAUGUCCCCGACGGGAACAGCUCCAGGAGGACGGUCUCCCCGAAGGACUUCUGCGCAGAGCAAGUGCCGGCGACAACGAUUGUCUGUGACUCGGUGACCUGUGACAAUGGAACCUGUCACUACACCAUGCGCUGCGUGGCUGGGGAGAGAGGGGGACAGGUGGCCUACAGCUGGACUCAAAAGGACAGCGGCGUGGUUGUAUCCACCAGAGCCACUCUGCGUGUCUCUCGGAAACCUUUCGAGGCUCUCCCGGCCGUCAUCUGCACAGCCCGGCACCCCGCCAGUAACAGCUCCAGGAUGAUCUCCCCGAAGGACCUGUGUCCAGGUAACCUCCCGGAUUCCCCACCAGAGCGGUCCCUGGCCUCGUUGCUGUCCUACCACCUCACCAUCCUGCUGCUGGCGCUGGGAGCCCUGAGCGCCGGCCUCAUCGCGUAGCACGGCCUCCCCGGCAGGGAGCAGAGAUGGGACCAAGACCAGAGGAGCUCCCACUGCGACUGCCAAUCCCACCAGGCACCGGCAUUCCCCAGCCUGCCCGGCCAAGGGAUGCAAGGGUGGGAGGACAGGGGACACUCACUUGCAGCGUCCGAAGGGUUAAUGUCACUGCGUAAGGAGCAAAGCAGAAACACUGGGUCCGGCAAUGGGGCUGUCAACUCUCUAAGCCUAUGGUGGAUCUCGUUAUUCACAUAAAUAUCUGGGAUUGGUUGUUUUUUAAUACGGAGGAUAUCUGGUAGCAGUGAGUUCCACAGGUUAACUCCCCAUCUCAUAAAUAAAGUCUCUGCCAUUUGA